GGGGCGUUUCUGGUAGUUUACAAAGCACGUAACACAGAAACUGGAGAAUUAGUUGCUAUUAAAGUGCUCAGAAAAUUUCAAAUGGAUGCAGCUCAAAAAUCAGCCGUUUUGAAGGAAGUUACCAUUUUACGACAAUUGCAUCAUCCCAAUAUUGUUGAAUUCAUUGAAUUCAUCGACUCGCCGAUUUAUUAUUACAUUGUUCAAGAGCUUGCACCUGGAGGUGAAAUCUUUGCUGCAGUAGUGAAGCAUACGUAUUUCCUGGAAGAUUUGGCUAGGUGGGUAAUCACCCAAGUCGCCCACGGCAUAAGAUAUCUCCACGAGGAAGUGGGGAUUGUUCAUAGAGACAUUAAGCCCGAAAACUUACUUUACUAUCCCAUCGAUGUCAUUCCUCAUGCCCGUCCUUGGGAACAGCUACGCAAAUCCGAUGAUCCAAACACCAAACGCGACGAAGGGGUAUUCACUCCAGGCGUAGGUGGAGGUGGAAUCGGUAGAGUUAAAUUGGCAGACUUUGGACUUUCAAAACAGAUUUGGGAACAUAAUACCAAGACUCCUUGUGGUACUGUGGGAUACACUGCUCCUGAGAUUGUCAGAGACGAAAGAUAUUCUCGUGAAGUUGAUAUGUGGGCUAUUGGAUGUGUAUUGUAUACUUUACUUUGUGGAUUCCCUCCAUUUUAUGAUGAACGAAUUGAAGUACUUACUGAAAAGGUGGCUAGGGGCCAGUAUACAUUCUUACAACCAUGGUGGGAUGAAAUCAGUUAUGAAGCCAAGAGAUGUGUUAGUCGAUUAUUAACAGUUGAUCCAAAAAAGAGAUAUACUAUUGAUGAGUUUUUGAAUGAUCCAUGGAUGAAGGCAUCUCCAUCAUCAGCAAAACAACCAAUUGCUGCUCCUGUUCCGGUAAGAAUGUCUAACCGGGAAACGUCCAAGUCUGCUGGUUCAUCAGUUACCCAUCCAAUCCAUGCCAAACCUAAUUCAAACCAAGAUCUUUAUUCACCAGCUGCCGUAGCGUUCCGUGACGCAUUUGAUAUCUCUGCAGCCGUUCAUAGAAUGGAAGAAGAAGCAGCACUUGCCAAAAAGGAACCUACAAUUGCAGAUGUUCCUGAAGAAGAAGAAGAAGAAGAGGAUGAGGAGGAGGAGGAGGAGGAACAAGGUAAUGGACAAAAUGACGCAGCAGCAGCAGCUAUUGCCCUCCAGAAACAACAACAAGCCCAAGCCCAAGCCCAACAAAGAAGAAGAGAAAGACAAAAAAGAGAAUGGGUUAAGGAAAGAAAAGUGUUUGAUUUAAAUCUUGGAGGUGCAUCGAUUUUGGAAAGAAGAAAGCAAAAGCAAAGAGUUAUGAGUGUCAGUUCAUGAGAAUAAGUUUUAGCAGUAUUUAUUGAUCUUUUUUUGUGUUUAGUUAAUAGAAAACUUGUUUAAG